ACACAUGGUUGAUUGACUCCUCAGCGCGGCGAGCCAAAUCAGCGGUGGGAACCACGGCGGACUAGAGAGGGAGGAUGUUCAGGCUGAGGCUGGCGAAGCUGAGCAUGGUGAUAGUGAAACGCAAUGUUGGAGUUUGGCGGUGGGUGGAUGCUUUCAUUGGGCGAGGCGAAGAGAUGGCUCGUUGAUGUGAUGUUGUUAGUGCUCGUCAUGCCCUUGGGAAUUUAUGCGUUUCGCGAUCGAAAGUUAACAAGGUCCCUGGCACCCCAAUUACGCGGCCCCUCCCUCGGCCUGCUCGCAGCGCUGAGCGUAUGCCUCGUCCUGAAUUUAGGCGCCCUCCUCUUCUCCCUCCGCAUCUUAACGCGCGGAAGGCAGGGAUACACCUACCUCGCCGGCGACCGACCUCGCGAGCUCCCCCUAAAGGUCCGCACCAUCCAAGCCACCUUCCACAACGACCCCUCUCACUACGGGGUGGAAGGUAUCACGGCUAUGGCUGAAUGGAACGCAAUUCGCCCUCCUGGCAAGGGUUUCGUUUUUCUAGGGGAGGAGCACUUCGCAUUUGGUGUGUCGAUGUGGCACCAGAUGCACUGCCUUAACCACAUACGCGCGGUGCUGGUCAACGAGGAUAACAGGUCGGACCAUACGGCGCACUGCUUCCAUUACCUACGGCAGGGUAUUCUCUGCGCCGCUGACACAACCCUAGAGUCGGGCGGCACGAGCAUGGAUUUGGCUAAUGGGGAUAAAGUCGCUACGGGAGCAGGAACUGUGCAUACCUGCCGGGACUGGAGACAGGUGCAUGAUUGGAUGGAGAGCCAGCAUAAGGAGUGGACUUCGGACAUGUACGAGAGGAUUCAGGAGGCUAGUUAAUAAUAUAGUCGGUAUAGAUCCGUGGACAAAACGCAACAAUACAUCUCAACAAUAUAUUGGUAUAUGCGACUACAAGACAAGAAUCGAAACAGAUUUGUGCCGACAUUGAAGAAAGCUUAUGUACCACUGACUGACGAUAAAUGAGAAGAAGAUAAUUUGAGAAAUGCAAGGAGUGACAUACUAUGGAUUCAC